GAGAUAAAUGAGAGUAAAUGACUCUUUUGCAAUCUUCGUUGAAGACGAGGAAGCGUGUUUGAAGAUUCGGAUGAAUACAGAAAACAGGAACGAUGAAAAAAGACUAAGGCUGAUGAGGAGGAAAAACAAUACCGAUGAACAAAGUCGGGUUGAUGAAGGAAAAACAAAAACGAUGAACAAGUUGAUGAAGGAAAAAUAAAAACGAUGAACAGGUUGAAAGAAAACAAAAGCGAUGAACAGGUUGAAGGAAAAACAAAAGCGAUGCACAAGUUGAAGAAAAACAAUAGCGAUGAACAUGUUCGUGAAGGAAACAAUAGCGAUGAAGGAAGACGAGGGUGACGCUCAAAAGGAAGCGAUAAAAAAAGUCACAGAAGCGAUGAAAAUGUAACAGGAUCGAUGAAAAGAGGGCAGGAGCGAUGCAAAUGUAACAGGAGCGAUGUAAAGGAACAGAAGCGAUGCAAAUGUAACAGGAGCGAUGAAAAGAGGGCAGGAGCGAUUUGUUACUAUGGGACUGAGCAGAAUAUUUCGCAAACACGCUAUCAAGGUGAUAGGAAUCCUGUGUUCCAUCUAUAUUUGGAUGUAUGUGUGUAUGACUGGAGAAAUUUGUUCAACAGACAGUUGUGAGGGUAACAUCAUGAACUUUCGUCAGAAUAAUUUCGUUAAUAAAAAUACGAAGAAAGUUUUAGUAUGGACUAAAUACUUCUUUAUGGAUUGGGCGAAUUCAGUUGGGACCAAUAUGAGUAGAAGUAAAUACAGCUGUUCUGUGACGUCAGACAGAAGUGAACUUGAAACUGCUGACGCUGUCCUCUUUCAUUUCAUUGACCUUUGGUUUUGGGAGACAGUACCCAGAUUUAGAAGUCCGAAUCAGAUUUGGAUACUCUACAACAUGGAGGCACCGCCUCACCUUCACUUUACAGGGGUACCAUGGAUACGGGCUUUUAACUGGACGAUGACGUAUCGAACAGACGCUACUAUCCACAGUCCGUAUGGUGAGCUUGUUCCUUUGUCCCAUGCAGAGGAGGCCGUUGCUAUGGUUACGUAUGGCAACACGGAUUUUUCUCUCAAUAAAACAAAGAUGGCUGUAGCAGUGGUUAGUGACUGUGUUGAUGACGUGCAGAGAUACCGGUACAUACAAGAGCUCAAAAAAUAUAUUGAUAUCGAUUAUUUUGGAGGAUGCGGUGAUUUGACUUGUCCAAGAACUGCUGAAGCUGAAUGUAACUCCAAGAAGUAUAGAUUCCGUAUUGCUUUUGAAAAUGCUAAUUGCAAAGAUUAUGUUACGGAAAAGUUUUGGAAUAGUUUACAGCAGGAAAGUGUUCCCAUUGUAAAUUGGAAAUCAAAUCAAGGUGGUCAUAUCCCAAAAUCCUCUUAUAUCAAUAUACAUGACUUCAACAGUGCCGAGGAAUUAGGAAAAUAUCUCAUUAUACUAAGUACUAACAAAAAACUAUAUAACCAGUAUUUUUCUUGGAAGACAAAAUAUAAACUUGACAAUGAAGAAUUUUACGCUUUUAAGUAUUUGUGUGACGCCCUUCAUGCACCACGACAUGCUCAGACUGUCCUAGAUCCCAACAAAUGGUUAAGGACUGACAUUUGUAGAACAUGGUCGAUCAAAGAGGUUGUACGCCGACACUGGGACAGACUCAUGUUCGACAUGGGCUUUUAAAAUCCUGGAGCAAUGACAAACUGGCGACAUCCGAAUUACCAAUCACAACAUCUCUUCCUAUUCCGUCAAGACGAGGAAUCAAUCCUCUAAUGGAUGCAAAAAAUAGUCAGUAUAUUUCUGUACACUCAGUAAGUCGAAGGUGUAUCGAUGUAGAAUCGCUUUGUCCACGGAGACGUUGAGGGAAAUAGUAAUGAGAGAAAUGUGCAGCUUUACAGAUAAAACAACUGUGUCUGUAGGCAAGACUUCUUCACGGUUCUUUAUUAUUAUCAACAGCAUUCUCAGCGUUUUAGCUUAUUUUGUCUUAAAUCAAACUCUAUUUUCAUCUGUCCUUCGAGUGUUUAUAGCAAGCCAUUGUUUACAUUUGUAUGGUGAAUGGAUUUGCUAACGGCCACGAAAAUGUACUGAUUUCUUGUAUAUGGAUUCGCCGGCACACAUUUGAUAUUUAUUUCCGGUCCGUAACGGGAUUUAAAGGUUACUAUUGGUCCAAGAUGCCUCUCCGUGUUGCACAGUGAAUAGUAAAAUAAUAUUUUCUAUUCAGCGGUAAAAUAUUCAUUAUCCUCUUUGUAUACUAGUUUUGUAUGAUAACUUGUGUCCUAGAUUUGUAUGAUAACGUGUAUGCUAGUUUUGUAUGAUAACGUGUAUGCUAGUUUUGUAUGAUAACGUGUAUGCUAGUUUUGUAUGAUAACGUGUAUGCUAGUUUUGUAUGAUAACGUGUAUGCUAGUUUUGUAUGAUAACGUGUAUGCUAGCUUUGUAUGAUAACGUGUAUGCUAGUUUUGUAUGAUAACGUGCAUGCUAUUUUUGCAUGAUAACGUGUAUGAUUUAGCCAUUGGAGGUCGUCAGAUUGUAUUAUAACAAAAUAAUUGCAAUAUGGAUGGAACAUUAAAUUGGCACGCCCUGUCUACUUAAGAAUGAUAAAUAUGUCCGAUGGUGUGUGUGAUAAUCCUAUUACAGUAACUAUGUUUUCAUCUUUCAAGUUUAUUUUAUUAAUACAUGUAUACGUUGACUCUGAAUUCGUAUGAAUGUUUGAAAGCUAAGACUACACAUUCGUUGUAUUUAUUCAGCACGUGCCACUGUUUUAACCAUGUUGUGAUAUUUAAAUGUACGACUAGGUCGUUGUUUUAUAGUACCAUUAAAUUGAAACCCGACUCUACCGACCACUGACUUUAACAUCAGUCUGUAACAUCCAACGACAUUCACCAAAAUGGCGACAUACUCCUCUGUCAUUGCCGACACUGACUUAACAAACUGUCGUAUUCCACACAUAAACUCUGUCCCAUACAGUGUCGGUAAAGUCAGGUUUCACUAUAUUUAUUGAAUACCUUAAAUUACUUUAAACAAACACAAGGGUAAGUAAAGUGUACAUAGUAUCUUAACUAUCUUCAACUGCACAGUUAACUGAAUGUCUAACAUUGUUUUGUGUAGAAGGCCAAUGUAUAUAAUUUAUAUUUGUAGAGGUUGAAUGUCUAGCAGUUGUUUUGUGUAGAAUGUCAAUUUAUAUUUGAAGAAGUUGAAUGUCUGGCAGUUGUUUUGUGAUAGAAGGUCAAUGUAUGUCAUUUAUAUUUGUAGAAGUUGAAUGUCCAGGACUUGUUUUGUGAUAGAAUGUCAAUGUAUGUCAUUUGUAGAAGUUGAAUGUCUAGCAGUUGUUCUGUGUAGAAUGUCAAUGUAUGUCAUUUAUAUUUGUAGAAGUUGAAUGUCCAGGACUUGUUUUGUGAUAGAA